UAACUUGAUUACAAAGCUACAUAUAUAUAUAUAUAUAUUACAAUAGACUAGGGCAUUAUAACAAACCUAUUCCACUUCCUAGUUUCGCAAUAAUUUACUCAACAACCAUUUGUUAUUAUUAUUAUUAUUUAGUGGUUGAAGAGAUGAGAGACAGAGUGGAAAAAGUUAUGAUUCUUCCCUUCUCAGUCGGCUGUGUUUCUGAAUCAAGUGUAGAUGUUGCGAUAAACCACCAUAGAAGAGCAGCCAAGACUCUCCAGACUAACCCAUCUCCAUUAAGAAUCCCGGAAGACGAAGACGAAGUCGAAGAAAGGUUAUCGUCAACGGAAAACAUGAAGACUUCAUUCAAGUUUCUAACGCUUUCCAAGCCAGAAAUUUCCACCGGCUUCCACAGAUUCUUCAAGACUUUCAAGACCUUCUCUCAAUUCUUUGUAUACAAGGAAGAGAUGGAAGAAGAUGCGAAGAGGGAGAUGGAAAUAGGGUUUCCAACUAACGUGAAGCACGUAACACAUAUUGGAUUGGAUGGACCAGUCACCAGCAAUGGAAGAUGGGAAGAGCUCAUCACCUCCUCUUCUCCUCAACUCCUUGAUUUCUCUUCUGUUUCUCAUCAUUAAUGCCAAGGCCUCUACUUGAUUAUUAUUAUUAUUAGUAUCAAUUAAUUAAUUGAUCACAUCAAUAUAUCAUUCCUAUUCCGCACGUUGGAAUAUGUCUAUAUAUAUUUUAUUAAAACA